AUGGCGAAUAGUAAUCAACCUAUCUGGAAGGACUAUGAGCAUCGGAUGAUCCAUGAUUUUAUACGUUUUGACCCUACACCUGAACCGACCGACGACGCCUUUGAAUUCGGGGAGCAGGGUGAUCUCCAAGAUCGUCACGCAUCGAUUCCAGACCCAAACGACCACCCUGACCCUCUUCCAAUGCCCUUAACAGAUCGAUCAACACAUGCUAUAUCAGCAGCAUUUAUUGAGCAUGUGGCCUUGCUACCUGAGUAUCCACAAACGCAUAACGCUGGCUGCCCAACAGAGAAAAAACGAUAUAUAUGCUCUAGUAUUAAGCGCUGCGAGUUCCUUGACCUAGAGCUUGCUAGAAUGGGUCAUCUUUACGCGGAUGAGGCGCUUUUCACUAAGAUCGCUCAAGCUAGGCGACGGAUAGAGCACACCGAGGAUUUUGGGCUACUUCAGCGCGCAAGUACAGCUCUAUACUAUGCGAUCCAGGGGAAGUUUACUACAGAGAGAGCUUGUAAAGCGCAAACUGAAAGUUGUCGGCCUACCUUUGGCACGUACGACAAGCAGCAAUACGUCCGCGAAACCUACCACACUACCCAUGGGACAUAUAUCUUUUGUGCAUUCUAUGCACAGAUGGUAUUUCUCGCAUCUCUUGACGCUAUUGAAGUUGAUAUGUCUUACAAACGGGUGAAAGGGGUGAUGAACGAGGUCAUUUUUGCUACGAUGCUACUAGACUAUGGAAAGAUUAUGACACUAUUCCGUGUCUUCACGGACCAGGAAAACCCUACGGCAUAUAAGUUCAUCUUUCAACGAGUGUUUGAACUAGUGUCCCAGGCUAUUCAGAGACCCAUCAAGUUCUUUUCCAUUCAUGGUGAAGGUAUCAAGGCUAUAGAGAUUUCCUCUAAGACCAAGACCCCUACAGACGUCCUCGAAACUGGCAGCUAA